UCUUCUUUUCUUCUUCAUCCUCAUCAUCAACUCUCCUCAUCCUUUUUUUAUCCAAUUUUCAUAUGACCUCUUAAACCAAAACGUUCUCUCAACGUUUAGAAUUUGUUUGUUUCUUUUUUUCCUUUUUUUCCUAAUUUUUUUCUUCGUCCUCUUCAUCCUCAUCUUCUUCUCAUAUUAUUCAGAUGAUGAUAAUAAUUUAUUAUCAUCACCAUUGAUUGACAUACAUCAUCAUCUUCGUCAUCAUCAUCAAAGUACAAAGUAUAACCUUUUACCUUUUACCUUGUAUCUUUACAUUGGAUUAAUAUUGUUUCAUGCUUAUUACCAAUUUGGAUUUAGUUAUGACCUCAGGUUUGAGGAAAAGUGGUAACAGUAAUAAUAAUAGUAAUUUAAACAAUUCGAGUAGUGGUCAUCAUAUUGUCCAUCCUCAUCCUCAUCAUCAUUCUCACCAUCAUCAUCAUCAUCAUCUAAAUCAUCGUAGUAAAAGUUCAUCAAUGUCCACACAAUCAACUCGCUCAGGAACCAGGGGUCAACCUUUAACCUCUUCCAAUGGGAACAAUGUUAAUAAUAGUAAAUCAGUUUCCAAUAAUAGUAAUCGACCUUCAACCGACUUUUCAAUUGAGGCGAUUAUGGGUCGUUCCAAUGGCGAUUCAAUUGUUAACAAUCAGUUAAUUGGUUCACCACAAUCUCAGCUUAAUCAUAAUCUACAUCAUCUUAAUUCCCAACAACAAUUAACCUCUUUUCGAGGUUCGUCUUCAUCACCUCCCUUUGUACCUUCACUGGUUUUACCUUUAACUGGACUCAAUUCAUCUUCAUCUUCAACAAUCAAUUCAAAAUCAUCAACUUCAGUCUCGGUUAAUCAUCACAACAACAACAACAACAAUCAUCAUCAUCAUGCUAAUCAUUCACCUCCACCGAUUUCCCCUCCGUCGAUUGAUGUUGAUUACAAUUCGUCUUCCCCACCGCCAAUGGAGGCUUCUUAUGAUUCCCACUCUCCACCUAUUCGGUCACCGGCCACCAGUCGAUCGCCGAUAACUCGAUCACCUCCUUUACGAUCUCCAUCAAUCAGUGAACUCGAACGUCCAAUGUCCGGUACUUUGGACAGAGGGACACCUUCACCUUCACCUUCCACCGGGUCAACUAAAGAUGGUUCAUCUUCAUCUUGUGGCGGAGGAGGAGGUGAAAGGGGCAGUGGGAAUGGUGAAAGAGGUGAAAGGUCCAGUCGAGAGGAGAGAGGGGGAGGUGGUCCUAAUCCAUAUGCGGAUGCGAUUAAGCCCAAAUGUAAUUGUGAAGAAUUGGCUGGAAUUAAAUGUCACCUUGAGAAUAAAGAUCUUUGGGAUAAAUUCAAUGAACUUGGAACCGAAAUGAUUAUCACCAAAUCUGGAAGACGGAUGUUUCCAACAGUUCGAGUCUCUUUUACUGGAAUCGAUGUGAAUGUUAAAUAUUUGGUUCUAAUGGACAUCGUUCCCGUGGACAAUAAACGUUACCGUUAUGCUUAUCACCGGUCAUCUUGGCUUGUAGCGGGCAAGGCUGACCCUCCCUCACCCGCUCGACUUUACCUUCACCCAGAUGCACCCUAUUCAGCUGACCAGUUGAGGAAACAAGUGAUUACCUUUGAGAAAGUUAAACUGACCAACAACGAGAUGGACAGAUCUGGACAUAUAGUAUUAAAUUCAAUGCACAAAUAUCAACCUCGAAUUCAUCUCAUCAUCUAUCGUGAAGGAAUUACUUUCAAUUCGACCUUCAUUGACAUGGAAUCAGAACGUUUUCGAACCUUCGUCUUUCCGGAAACAGUUUUCACAGCCGUAACUGCCUAUCAGAACCAAUUGAUUACCAAGUUAAAAAUUGAUUCUAAUCCAUUUGCCAAAGGAUUUAGAGACUCAUCAAGACUCAGUGACAUCGAAAGGGAAACUAUGGACUCGCUAAUUGACCCUUGUUAUGGACGAAAUCCAAUGAUAUCGCCUUUCCUGGUGGAAGAUACAGCGAACAUGUUGCUGAGAGAAAGAGCAAUUCUUAUGGGUCAUCCUCCACCUCAUCAUAUUCACCAUCAUUCAGGUGGUUCACCUAAUCCACAUCAUCAUCCCUCUGGUUUGCCACCGCCGAAUUCAUCACCUUCAUCUCAUCCUUUCUCACCCACUGGCUUACCGCCAGGACUUUCACCUAAUGGUGUAAGAGGUGGUCCAGUUAUGUGGAGACCUCAUCCCGCCUUUCCACCGAUCAAUCCAACAGACUUUUAUAAUCUAUUCACCUCUUGUCCACCCUGGUAUUCAGCUGCAGCUUUUGGUGCUCACCUACGAUCUCCUAACCCCAAUUCAGGAUCUUUGCCUGGUUCUCAAUCAAUGUCUCCAACAUCGGCUGCCGCCGCUGCUGCUCUUGCCUUUUCAACUCCCCCUCAUUUCUGGGCAGCCAAUGCAAAUAAUCAAAUAUCAGCUGAAAUUGCAAAACAAUCGUUAAUCAAUGCAACCAAUUUAGCCAAUGCUUGUAAUCCUCCUUCAUCAUCAACACCACCCUCUGGAUCCCUCACCACCACCACCAACAACAACAACCACAACAGUAAUAACAGUAAAGGAAACACUUCCACCACCCACAAUAACAAAGAGAGUACUAGUAACGGUAUUGGUCCAACUCGUCCUAAUCAUCCUCACGACCAAUCAACACACCGAUAUACACCUUAUCCUUUAUUUUCCCCUUCAAAGAAAGACAAUCAUUCAAGUCAUCAUUUAUCAUCUUCCUCCUCCUCAUCAUCAUCACUGCCAAUAUCAUCUCUAUCCACACCACAACAACCCCAAUCACAACACCAACAAUCACCCACAUCACUUGCACCUCAUUCAACCUCUUCUCCAUCUCCAUCACCAACAUCAAACGUUUCCUUACUUUCCUCAUCUUCAUCUUCAUCUUCAUCCUCUUCUCCUCAUCCUCAUCUUCCUUUAAACCUUCUCAAUGGUCCGACCAACGGAUUAAACUUAUCAUCCAAUCAUCAUCAUCUCAACCCAAACCACAACUCCAAUAACAACAACAACAACAACACAAGCAAACGAUCAACAAUCAACUCCAAUUCCAAGCAUAAAAACCUCAAUCCAAAUGUAAACUCUGAAAACAAUAACGAUGAAGACGAUGAUAUAAACAUUGAAAGAUCAACUCCAAGUCCAUCAAAUUUAACGACAAUUAAAAACUGUAUUAACAACAAUUUAGAAAACAAUAAGAGACCAAUUGAUUGUACAGAUAAAUCUGAUUCCUUUGUACCAACAAUUAGAUGAAAAACAAUCUUAGACAAUCUAGAGAUGCAAUUUAAUUAAUUAAUUUACCUAAGAAAUUGUAACUAAUCAAUAAAUUAACUAUUCCAUUGUUGUAAAUUGUUCACCAAUUAAAUACUAAACAAUCAAUCAACUAAUUUACUUUCA